AUUGGUGUUUGUCUUUUACUGUUCUGUUUGCCUUUGGUUAUCUUAGCAUUUAACUACCUGAAAAUAAGAGCUGCAGUGGAUAUAUCUGUUGGUCAAAUGAGUUCAAGUCUGCUAUCAUGAAAGUGACAUCAAUUUUCUUGUGGAAAUCUUUUUGGGAAUUUAUGAUUUUUCAAUACUAUUUAUGCUGUUGUUUUAUGAACCAGAAAAAUUAUGAUUUGAGUGGGAGGACCAUUGAGUAUUUUUCUUUUGCAAGUUGUGAUUAUGGAUGUCUGCUAAAUGUGUCCUCACUUACCUUCUCUGUCCUGGCAUGAAUCUUCUGGUGCUGGCCAUCAAAGAAGCUUAUUUAUAGCCUACCUUUUCUGGUAUUGCUUUGAAAAGCUUCUAUUUAAAUGUUAGUCUCCAAGAAUGGUGGCACCAGGAUUCAAAGUCUAUCUGUUUUAAGCUGCUUCCAUAUUUAGAGCUUGUGCCUUCAAAGUCUUAAGUAUAUAAGUACUCACUGUAUUCACUAGUAAAUUUUUGAGCUCAACAGUAUGAAAAGCAGAAGGGGAAAGCCCUCUGAGGCUUUCUGGCCUUCCCUUAUGAUGAAGAAAUGGCUAAACAUAAAGCCAAAGGAAUAUGAUUUCAGUGCAGAUGAGGUUGAUACUGAAACUGAAACUGAAACUGAAACGGAAAGUGAAGAUGACGGUUGCUCUCACAAAGAUGCAAGAAAGCACAUGCGUGAUGAUCAUGGCCUUAGAGAAAACCACUCCGAUUUCCGAAGUCAACAUUCAGAUCUUCCAUCUAAGGGCUACAAGUUAAAACACCGGAGAGGGAAAUCAGAAACUGUACGUGCUCAGUACAUAAACACAAAGGAUGUGAGGGUGACAGUAGGCAGUUGGAAUGUUGGUGGAAGACUUCCGUAUGAAGAUCUUGAUAUUGACGAUUGGCUUUGUACCGAAGAACCAGCAGAUGUUUACAUUCUUGGUUUUCAAGAGGUUGUCCCUUUGAAUGCUGGGAAUGUACUGGGAGCAGAGGAUAACAAAUCAAUACCAAAAUGGGAGGCAAUCAUUCGAAAAACUCUGAACAAAUCCUUGGAACCCGAAAGCAAACACAUAUGCUACAGUGCUCCACCUUCACCAGUACAAAGGACUUCUUCUGUUGCUGAUGUACUUGCAGAAACUAAUGCUCAUCCGUUAGGUUUUCUGGGCAAGGAAUAUGUUGGAGCUACUAAUGGUUGUGACUUGGAACAUGGUCAAUUGAAUAAAGUACUCAGCAUUGGGAGAAAUUUGCAAUGGAGGAGAAUUUAUGGCAUUGAUUGCGAUAGUAGGCUAGAUUGGCCUGAACUUUCAUUAGAUGCAACCCCUCAAGUUGUCUUCACCAGUUCCAAAUUGCGGCGAGUGCUGAGCAGUUCUGCGAGAAUGAGCUUUAAUACGUCGGAUAAUCCUUUAAUAUUCAGUCCUCAAAUUUCACAAAAAGAUGGUGGAUUGAAAAGAUCACACCAUAGCUCUGGGAACCUGCGGAGAUCAAUCUCUGUGGAGCAGCAAGAGAUGCCUCAAGUUUUUGACAACCUCUCUAAUGUGUCUGACAGUUUUUUGGAAGAGGAAGAUGAUAUCUUUGAUGAAUUACCAAAUGAACAACUGAAAAAUGAAGCUAUCGAGGAUGGAGCAAAGUUACCUUCUACAUAUGUCCGAAUUGUCAGCAAGCAAAUGGUAGGGAUAUAUAUAUCCGUCUGGGUGCGUAAGAAGUUGAGGAGACACAUUAACAAUCUGAAAGUAUCCCCAGUUGGGGUUGGUCUAAUGGGCUUCAUGGGAAACAAGGGAUCAGUUUCCGUUAGUAUGUCCCUUUUCCAAUCGCGAAUGUGCUUUGUUUGUUCUCAUCUGUCCUCUGGUCAGAAGGAGGGGGCUGAUCAAAGGCGGAACUCAGAUGUGUAUGAAAUUAUACGACGUACCUGUUUCUCGUCUGUCUUUGAUACAGAUCAACCGCUGACAAUUCCCUCUCAUGACCAGAUUUUCUGGUUUGGGGAUUUAAACUAUCGUCUCAAUAUGGAAGACACAGAUGUAAGGAAGCUCAUUGCUCUCAAACGGUGGGAUGAACUUGUCAGCAAUGAUCAGCUAAACAAAGAACUCCGCAGUGGGCAUGUAUUUGAAGGAUGGAAAGAGGGAGUGAUAAACUUUCCACCUACCUAUAAGUAUGAGAUAAACUCUGACAGAUAUUUUGGAGAGAACCCAAAAGAAGGAGAGAAGAAGAGAUCACCAGCAUGGUGUGAUCGUAUACUCUGGCUAGGAAAAGGCAUCAGACAACUUUCUUACGAGCGGGCAGAAAUAAAGCUUUCAGAUCAUCGACCAGUUAGUUCAGUCUUCAUGGUUGAAGUUGAAGUCCUAGAUCAUUGGAAGCUGCAACGAGCGCUCAAUUGCACUAGUGUAGCCGUUCAUCCUGAGAUCUUCCUGGAUGAAGAUGAGGAUUUAGACUAUUAAUUAGAAGAGAUCAGGAAAUUGCAGGCCAUGCUGACAAGCGUUGAACGCUGGUAUCGUUUUUGACAGAUGGGAUUCAAGAUGCUGCUCUCAAACACCAUAACUGACAUACCAGUAUGCAAAACGGUAGCUAGGAUAACAAGUUUAUAUAUAUUAUACAAGUCAAGGUAUUAAUAGUAUACAUCAAAGGGGAAAAAACAUCUUUCUUUAACAGAUCUUAAACAGUUGCGAUUUUCGUUUGUA